UAAACAAAAUUGUAAUUUAAAAAUGUCUCCUUUCACUCCCAGCAGCUAGGUUAAUUAAUUAUAAACCCCUAGAACAAUAGAAAUACUAAUUGAGUCGAUUGUCAACGUCAAUAAUAAACAAUGAAAAUUAAUUGUAACGUGGAAGUGGUCAACAGAUCGGUCUGUGCUCCAAGGAAAAAAGCACAACGAUCUUGUCUGGCAAUUGGUAGACAAUCCGUAAAAUCCAAUGAACUUCAUCUUUUACUCCAAACAUUACAAAAUAAAUUAGGAACUAAAUACAAGAUCGACGAGAAUAUUGAGAAAGUCUUCACAAAAUUCGUCAACAAUGGAAAAACGACGAUUAGAUUAAAGGAACCUCCCCACGACCUGAAUAUCCAGUGCGAUCCCAUCCUGUUGAAAAGUUUUCUUCGCACCCUGGAGCUCGGUGUAACAAAAAAAUUAAAUGCCUCUGUACUCUGUGUAUCGAACAUGAACGCAAAAAAUAUUGCACAAGCACCAAAGACUAAAGUAACAAUUAAAAGUAAAUCAGAUUAUCCAGUGCUGGAAGGAUUCCCAAGGACAACUGAAGAACUGAAUAUUGUCGGCCUCGAGAGAAAAUCCUUCGAUCGUCAGAUACUGAAGCUACAUCGUCUACGAGUCCUCAAUUUAUCUGACAAUAAAAUAACGUCAUUACCUAGAGAAUUGGGGGCGUUGUCGUGUUUGACUGAAUUAAUUGUAGCUAAUAAUGGACUCGGACAUGUAGGAAAAAAUAAAUGGUCUUGGAUGAGUGAAGGAUCCCUUUCCAGAACUCUGAAGCUCCUGGACUUGAGUGGAAAUGAACUGACUGAUCUACCGAAUCAAAUAGGCAGAUUGAGGAAUUUAGUGACUUUGAAUGUCAGUCACAAUAAUCUUAGGAGUCUUCCCACGAACGUCGGAACAUUAUCAUCAUCGCUCAAGUAUCUGGAUAUCUCCCACAAUUCCAUAGAAUCCCUUCCUGGGGGCAUGAUGAAAUUCACUCUCGAAGGUCUAAACAUCGCCCACAAUCCCCACAUCUCUCGGGUCAAGCAGAAUGGAUUUAAUAUUAAUUUUCGAGUACUAACACUCACACAAUUGGGGGCACAAAAAGUUAUACAUUACAGACUUGAUUAUGAUGCCAGUAUUAUCCCAUUUACUCUCGUGUCAUAUUUGGAUAAUGCAUCUUAUUGUGUCUGUGGAGAACCUGUCCUGGGCGAAGACAACUGCCUCCAGGUGUCCAGAAAUGUCAGCCAAAUAGCAAAAGAAGUCACAGCCUCAGAGGAUAUCAAUGUCUCGUUUCAAUGUGUUUUAUGCUCUUUGAGCUGUGCUCAAAGUAUUUUAUUCCCCCGGUGAUCAUCGCCAAUU